AUGGCGGAGCAAGAGCAUGAUCAUGACUUCCACACUGGCGAUGCCGGAGCAGCAGCAACUUAUCCUAAACAAUGCUCUGCGCUUCGCAAAAAUGAACAUGUUAUGAUCAAGGGACGCCCAUGCAAGGUUGUUGAAAUGAGUACAUCAAAGACUGGAAAGCAUGGUCAUGCUAAGGUUCAUCUCGUUGCAAUUGAUAUUUUUACUGGGAAGAAGCUUGAAGAUAUCUGCCCAUCUACCCACAAUAUGGACGUUCCUGUUGUAAAGCGCAAAGAAUAUCAGUUGCUUUCCAUCAACGACGAUGGUUAUGUCAGUCUUAUGGACCUCGAUACAUGUGAUACGAAAGAUGAUCUUAAGCUUCCGGAAGCGGAUCUUGGUGAACAGAUCAAGCAAGCUUUUGAGAAGGACGAGAACGGGAUUCUUUGUCUUGUUGUUUCUGCUUGUGGCGAGGAAGCUAUUCUUGGUUUCAAAAAUAUGCCCAAUAAGGAGUAG